CAUUUAUUACGGCUGAAAACUUCUCUAUCCAAGCAACGAAAAAAAAAGGAUCCUGCCUAGAAAGCAAGAGGGGUUUACAAGCCCAGAGGUAUCUAAUGUAACACUGAAACCGUAAGCAAUACAACUCAUUCUUGUGAUGAAAGGAGCUGUGGUAUUACAGUCCGCUUUGGAAACACGUUGAAGUCUGUCCAUUGUGAAAUUGGAUCCGAAAAGAACAAGCUCUUUGACUGUGAUACCUGCAUAUAAGAUCUGAACUGAAAAUGUCCUGGAUAGAGCCAUUUCAACACAUUACAGUGGAACACCAGUAUUCACACAAAUUAAUUGUAACAGUAUUGAAAGCCACAAAUGUUACAAAAGGGGCUUUCGGUGAUAUGCUUGACACACCAGAUCCGUAUGUGGAGCUGUUCAUCCCCUCAGCCCCUGACUGCAGAAAGAGAACAAAACACUUCAAUAAUAAUGUGAACCCUGUGUGGAAUGAGACCUUUGAGUUUAUUUUGGACCCGAACCAGGAAAAUGUUCUGGAGAUCACAUUAAUGGAUGCCAACUAUGUCAUGGAUGAGACUCUUGGCACAUCAACAUUUCUUAUAUCCUCUCUGAAAGUGGGAGAGAAGAAAGAAGUUCCAUUUACUUUUAAUGAAGUCACAGAAAUGACUUUGGAAUUGUUUCUUGAAGUCUGCUCUUCAACUGACCUCCGGUUCAGCAUGGCUCUGUGCGAUCAGGAGAAGACAUUUCAACAGCAGCGGAGGGAAAAUAUCAUGCAGAAAAUGAAAACCCUCCUAGGAGCAGAAAACAGCAAGAACUUGGCCACUUCCCGUGAUGUACCAGUGAUAGCGGUAUUGGGUUCAGGUGGUGGAUUUCGGGCCAUGGUGGGGUUUUCUGGAGUUAUGAAAGCGCUCUACGAAUCAGGAAUUUUAGACUGUACAACAUAUAUUGCUGGUCUAUCAGGAUCUACGUGGUACAUGUCAUCUUUGUAUUCUCACCCAGAUUUCCCAAGGAAAGGACCAAAGGAGAUUAAUGAAGAAUUGAUGAACUCUGUCAGUCAUAACCCACUUCUGCUGCUCACUCCUCAGAAAGUCAAACGCUACAUUGAAGCAUUAUGGAAUAAGAAACGUUCUGGGCAGCCUGUAACAUUCACUGAUAUCUUCGGAAUGUUGAUAGGGGAAACACUUAUCCAAAAUAGGAUGAAUACCACUUUGAGCAAGAUGAAGGAGAAAGUCAAUGAGGCACAGUGUGCUCUGCCACUCUUUACUUGUCUCCAUGUCAAACCUGAUGUGUCAGAACUUAUGUUUGCAGAUUGGGUGGAAUUCAGUCCAUAUGAGAUCGGUAUGGCGAAGUAUGGCACAUUCAUGCCUCCUGAUUUGUUUGGAAGUAAAUUUUUUAUGGGAACAGUGGUAAAAAAACAUGAAGAAAACCCCCUGCACUUCUUCAUGGGUGUUUGGGGCAGUGCAUUUUCUAUAUUAUUUAACAGAGUACUUGGAGUUUCCAAUUCUCAUAAUAAAGGUCCCACCAUGGAGGAAGAAUUAGAAAAUAUUAGGCUAAAGCAUCUUGUGAGCAAUGAUAGUUCAGACAGUGAAGAUGAAUCACAGGGACCAAAAGGCACUGAAAAUCCUGAAGCUGAAAAAGAACUUCAAAGUAGCAGUCAAGAAAGCUGGGUCCAGCGCAUGCUGAUGGCCUUGGUGGGAGAUAGUUCCCUUUUCAACACCAGAGAAGGGCGUGCUGGGAAAGUACACAACUUCAUGCUGGGCUUGAACAUCAACACGUGGUACCCACCCACCCCUCUAGCAGGCCUGGGUACUCAGGAAUCUGUGGAGGAGGAUGAAAUGGACACGGCAGUUGCAGAUCCUGAUGAGUUUGAGAGGAUAUAUGAGCCACUAGAUGUGAAGAGCAAAAAGAUUCAUGUAGUGGAUAGUGGGCUCACCUUUAACCUGCCAUACCCCCUUAUCUUAAGACCUCAGCGAGGUGUUGAUCUCAUCAUCUCCUUUGAUUUCUCUGCAAGGCCAAGUGACUCCAGUCCUCCUUUCAAAGAAAUUUUGCUUGCUGAAAAAUGGGCCAGAAUGAACAGCCUUCCUUUUCCAAAAAUAGAUCCACAUGUGUUUGAUCGAGAGGGCCUCAAGGAGUGCUAUGUUUUCAAACCCAAAAAUACGGCUACAGAGAAAAACUGUCCAACCAUCAUCCACUUUGUUCUGGCAAACAUCAACUUCCGGAAAUACAAAGCUCCAGCUGUUCCAAGAGAAACUCAAGGAGAGAAGGACUUCGCUGACUUUGAUAUUUUUGAUGAUCCUAAUACGCCAUUCUCUACCUUCAACUUCCAAUAUUCCAAUGAAGCUUUCAAAAGGCUUCAUGAUCUAAUGGAAUUCAACACUCUGAAUAACUUAGAUGUGAUCAAGCAAGCAAUGGUGGAAAGCAUUGAAUACAAAAGACAGAAUCCAACCUGCAUUUCUGUGUCCCUCAGCAAUGUUGAGGGAAGAAAAUACUUCAACAAGAACCCUCCAAGCAUUAACCAUACAUAGGAUAUGUACUGCAGGUGCCACUCCUUCGAGAAAUUUUCUAAAUCUAUGUAACUGGAUCUGGACACGUGUUAGAACACACCAUUGCUCAGGUGAAAUGGCCAGGCGAAACUGAGGAAAGCAUUUUUUUGUGACAUUUCAUGUUUCACUGUGAUUUGUACUUUUUUACAUUUUUGUUUUGCAUCUACAAACAUUUACAAAAUUCUGGCAUAAAUGGCCAUUCUUUUAUUU